AUGGAAGAGGACACUUCUAACAACCACCGCCGCCACCGCCAGAUCAAAACCCUAGCCAAAGCAGACUCUCUCACCACUACCGACGGCAACACCGUCGCCAAUCUCCUGGUUCACUCCUCCGCGGAAGGCGGCGCCGACGUUGAGAAGUCGGAGAUGUGGAACGCCUUCAGCGAUAAUUUCGAUCAGGUGCAGGCGGUGUUGGAUCGGAACCGGGUCUUGAUUCAGCAAGUGAACGACAACCACCAGUCCAAAAUGCACGAUAAUUUGGUCAAAAACGUCUCCCUCAUCCAGGAAAUCAACGGUAACAUUAACAAGGUCGUUUCACUGUAUUCCGAUCUCUCUGUUAAUUUCUCCAGUAUGUGCCAUCAUCAGCGGAAUACCCCAAUUCAGUCCAAGGAUGGAGAUGGAAAGCUAAUGACAGCUGAAGAUGAACAAGAACAGAUUAGCUGA